AUGAAUUUGUCUGGAGAAUCAACAAUUCAUUUAGAUAGUAGAAGAUCAAGAAAUAAAACAGAAACUAAGUAAAAAUCUUAAAGUCCUCAAAUAAAAACUUAAUUUACUAAAUAUUAAUAAUAACAUAAAAAAAGCAAAACCAAAGAAAAAUUGUCUCAAUUUUCUGAGCAAUUACCAAUUGUAACAAAAAAACUAAAUCCUAAGUCUAUUAGUUUUACAAAAAAAAGAAAUCAAUUUAAACCAACUUCUUAAGAUUUAUAUUUAAAAGUAAUUGUUUUUUUUUUAAUUAAAUAGUAUUAUAUUGGAUGGGGUAACAAUGAGGCAUUAGUUAAAAGAAUAAUGUCUAAAAGAUUAUAAUGGAAAGAAACAACUGAUUCAAGCUCUAUGUUUGUAAAUUUCAAAUGGUAAUAAAGUGAAAAGGGAUAUAGAUAUGAAAGACUAAUUGUAAGUUAAAAUUAUAAAUAACUUGUCAAUCAUUUUGAACAUCAUAAAGAAAUCUCAAAUAAAUCUUAUCUUAUUAAAAAUUUGUCUUAAUAUUGUGAGGUAAAUACAUAAUAAUUUACAAUAGAAACAUAAAUUAAAUGUAUUUGAUUAUACUCCAUUAACAUUUGUUAUUGACUUUAGUGAUGAAAAUUGUGAUUACAAUAUAACAUAGUUUCUUAAAACUUAUGAAUAAUUUGCUCCAAAAAAACCUUCAUCAAAAUAAAUGUUAGAUGUUAAAAGAAGAUUAAGAGGAAAUUUUUGUUGUACAUAUCAAAGAGAACCUAUUUCACAAUUCACAAAAAUCUAAUUAAACAGCACUUUCUUAGCAGAGGAUUCUACAUAUAUGUGGCUAUUAAAACCAACAUUUUUAAAUAGAGGAAGAGGAAUAUCAAUUUUUGAUAAUUUAGAGACUUUAGUCAAAUUAGUUUCAGACUUUUAGGAAGGAUUAAAAGAGAAAACAUUAAAUUAAAAAGAUGAAUCAUCAGGAGAAGAAGAAAUUCCUUAAUAAGUUUAGAGUGCCUAAAUAACAAAAAAAGAUCCUAAUUAAUAAAUAAAAUAAUAAUAAUCAUCAGGUCAGUGUAUAAUUAAAUCACAUUCUUUUGUUAUUCAAAAAUAUAUUGAAAGACCUGCAUUAAUUAAUAAAAGAAAAUUUGAUAUCAGAGUUUGGGGAUUGAUAACUCAUGAAUUAGAUGCUUAUUUCUUUUAGGAAGGGUAUAUAAGAACAUCAUCUGAAGAUUUUACUUACAAUAUUGAAAAUACAUUUGUUCAUUUAACAAAUAAUGCUAUCUAAAAAUAUUCUCAAAAUUAUGGUUAAUUUGAAGAUGGAAAUCAGUUAUCUUUUAAAAACUAUUAGGAUUAUUUAAAAUCAUAAAAUAUUAAUUGUAAUGUUUAAGAUGUAUAUAUAUAUAUAUAUUAUUAUUUAGUUAGUUAAUAAAAUGAAGGAAAGAAUAUGGAUGGUGUUUAAUUCUGUAAAGAAUAAAAUUAAUUUCGAAGAUAGAAAAUACUGUUUUGAAAUAUUUGGAUUUGAUUUUAUUUUAGAUAGUGAUUAAUAAGUAUGGUUAAUAGAAGUGAAUACAAAUCCAUGUAUAGAAGAAUCAAGUCCAUUAUUAAAAAUGUAUAUUCCUAGAAUGUUAGAUGAUGCAUUUAAAUUAACUCUUGAUGUCUUAUUUCGAUCUCAACCUUCUCAUAAAUAAUCAUUACCAUAGAUUUGUAUUUAUUAAUAUUUAAUAUUCUAAGAUUAAUUACCUUAAAUUAAAGAAGAGUAACAUAGUGACUAUCCAGUUAUUGGUUACUCUAAUGAUGAAAAUAUGUGGAUGUUAUUGGGUUCAUUAAGUGAUAGAAAAAUAAGAAAAAAAAAAUGA